AGAGUUGUGCACACUGCAGCGUGCCACGGCCCACUCGGCAGAACCGGUUAUAUAUUUAGCCGGUUGUGCCAGUUGUGCCGGCAAAACCAAUAGUUAGUACUGCCCACAACGCUAGCCAGGACCAUCAGACCACGGACCAGUACAUUAUAAAAUGCAUAAGGUGCGCGUGAAACUCAUUUUACCACUUGAACGAAUGCAGACGGAGUAUUCGGCUGACGAUAUCGCAGAGGCCAGGGGUCUGCAGUCCUUAGUGGUAUGUCCCUUUCUUCAUCGUACGAAGGCAAGAUAAUCACAGAUAUACCAUGCGCCACCAGUACCUAUGCAGUGCGUAUUCUUUUAUGAACCACCUCUUCCUGGUGCUAACUUGGCAUUUCAGCGUCGAUUAUGGCGUUCUGGGUAGGCUUGUCCGGAACUAUUCCCGUCCGUCGUUAAACUUGUUAAUUCAGACCUAUGAUUAUGCUUGUUCACUAUACGAAGAGUGGACAUUCCUCUUUCGGUCGCGCUGGACCAAGGUAAAGGGCCUUUAUAUCAUCACACGACAUGCCCCCUUUGUCUUGCUCUCCACCGAGCUAGUUAAAUUCUUCACUCCCGAUAAAUGCCUGAUGUCGCUCAAAAUUCAUUUCUGUCUUGGCAUAAUAUCAGUCAUUUGCUCUGAAUUCUUUUUUGUGCUCAGAACAUAUGCGCUUUGGAGCAACAAUAGAAUUGUACUCGCGGCCGUGUUGACCACCUUUCUCGCUGUUACGGUUGCAUCCAUCGUCGCUGGUUUCAUCACCGUUGGCGCAUCACGAGUUAUAGUUACGACCAACGCAAUCCUAGGAAUCACAGACUGCUACUGGUCCUUGGCCGCCACCAUACAAUUUCUUCUCUUGUUUGUAUUUCAAUUAGGACUCUUCUGCCUAACGCUCAUACGUGUCAUACAGAGCUGGCGGACGAACAACGGCCCUCUGUAUUCUAUCCUAGUAAAGCAUAACAUAUUCUAUUAUGCAUCCGGUCUGUUUCUUACAGUCCUGAACUUCCUCAUAUCGAUAAUGUUUGCCAAUUCCGCAUACCGCUCCCUCUUUGAAAGUUUUGAGGUCACGGUCCUUACAAUCCUCGCCACGCGCAUGCACCUCCAUCUCUGGCGGAUGGACCGGGAUGCACACGGAUCUGAUGCCCUCGGGAUGAUUUGUUUGUCUGAUAUGUUCUCAGCGGACCUUAUGGCUUAUUAGGAGUCGUUUGUGGAGUGAUAUUUGGACUGAACGAGAUGACUGGUCCGGGUGGCUUAGGAGGCGCUUAACUUAUAAGGAAUGUAUUUCUUGCUGUGGGCGGGAAGUGGACUUGGUUGGUCUUGAUCUAUUUAACAUCCAUAGGUGUUGAAUUUCCACUGAGGACGGUGGAUGAGUGGAUCACAAUUGGUGUCAGAAGUGCUGCCUCGCGGCAGUGAGUAAAAAUCACAUCACACGGACAACACUCAGCAUGUACUGAUUCAACUUCUAAUAUAAUUCACUAAGAA